GACCAGGACUGACGUACUCGAGGCCCCUUGAAUACAGGAAGUCCAGAACACACCCAGUUUCUUGAAUGUAGUUUUCUUGAAUGCUGAACGCUGGAGUGUAGGUAAAAGGACAGAAGGAAAACAACUCCAAUAUGAGGGACCCACUGACAGAUUGCUCGUAUAAUAAAGUGUACAAGAACCUAAAGGAGUUUUCUCAAAAUGGAGAGAAUUUCUGCAAGCAGGUCACAUCCAUUCUCCAGCAAAGGGCAAACUUGGAGAUUAACUAUGCCAAAGGACUUCAGAAACUGGCAAUCAAGUUAAGCAAAGCUUUGCAGAGCACAAAAAAAAACUGUCUCGUUAGUGCCUGGGCCUGGGUCUCAGAGGGCAUGAAAUCUGCAGCAGACCUGCAUCAAAAACUUGGCAAAGCAAUUGAGUUGGAAGCAAUAAAACCAACUCAUCAAGUCCUGAGUGUACAUGAAAAGAAGAGAAAAUCACUUGAUAACGAAGUUGAAAAGGCAGCAAAUCUUGUCAUUGGCAACUGGAAUCAACAAAUCAAGGCCAAGAAGAAAUUAAUGAUUAGUACCAAGAAGCAUGAGGCACUUUCCCAUCUUGUAGAAAGCUCCAGGCAAACUGUGACUAAGAAGGAGAAGCAGAAGCUCCUCAGUAAACUGAAAAAAUCGACGGAGAAGUUGGCAAAAGAAGAUGAAAAUUACUACCAAAAAAACCUGGCUGGCUGUGCUACCAGACUCAAGUGGGAAAACACACUGGAAAAUUGUUACCAGAGCAUCCUGGAACUGGAGAAGGAAAGAAUUAAACUUUUAUACAAUAACUUGAACCAAUACACCCAACAUAUUUCUGUUUUUGGCCAAACUCUGACCACACAACCCUGUUCUGCUUUCUUGGCAUUGCAGUGCCACACGCAGAUUCACUGUGCUAUCAGCAAGAUAGAUGUGGAAAAAGAUACCCAGGCUGUCAUGGAAGAAACUGCAGUUUCAUCCACAGAAAAUAAAUCCGAGUUCCUAUUAACCGAUUACUUUGAAGAAGAUCUUAACAAUGCAAUGAAUAAAGAGCGACAAGAGUCUUCAUUAAAGUCAAAACUGUUAAGACUGCAAAAAGAUAUUGAAAAAGCCUCAAGAGACCAGGAAGGCCUGGAACGCAUGCUGAAGUCCUACUCCAGGGACCCCGCCUUCUCGGACGCAGAGAGUCAAAAAAUCACAGCAGCCUUGAUGGACGAGACCAAUUUGAAACUAGACCUUUUGCAAGCAAACUCCUACAAACUGUCAUCGGUGUUAGCAGAACUUGAGCAAAGACCUCAACCCAGCCAUCCCUGUAGUAACUCCAUCUUCAAGUGGAAAGAAAAGCAACAGACACAUAGUUAUGUAAAAAUAACUCGGCCUUUUCUGAUGAAGAGAUUAGAGAAUGUUGUGAGCAGGACAUCUUCUGGUGGGCAGAGAAUCCCAAGUUCCUCAUCUACAGCCUCCGGUGUGGCCCAGCUCGGCAGUGGUCUUUGCAAGGCUUUAUAUUCUUUUCAAGCCAGACAAGAUGAUGAAUUAAAUUUGGAAAAAGGCGACAUUGUGACUAUAUACAGGAAACAAGAAGAAGGAUGGUGGUUUGGCUCCCUGAAUGGAAAAAAGGGCCAUUUUCCUGCUGCUUAUGUGGAGGAGCUCCCUUCAAAUGCUGGGAACCCGGCUACCCAGGCAUAAAACAAGAUUCUGAACACACCGCCUUCCUUUGUCAGCUGUACAGGGCAGUGCAAAUAAAGAUAAAUGCUGUAAUCCUUACAAAUAGAGAAUGGAGUCUUACCCGUGUGUCACCGCACUUUGCACUCUUGCUUGUUUGCUUGAAACAGAAUCAGAAGAUUGAAAGUGGAGGGAGGCGGGAAAGAGGCCCCACAGCAACUAGAGUUUUCAAAUCUUAAAAGACCCUAGAGAUGCCCCAACACAGCUCCCGGGGUCACACAGGGAGAGAGACAGAGUUCAGACCGUUCAGCCACUUGCCUGAACUCACAUAGUUUUCUGGUAGCACCACAGAGUUUAGGACUUAGAUGUCCUUUUCGUCUGGAUUCUGUGGCAACAGGCCAGAGCAGGCCUGUGAGGGGUAUAGCAGGGCCCGGGAGGCGAGGAAGAACAGAUUAAGAAUGAGAUGAAGAGCUCAGCAGAGCCUGGCAGGUCAGACCCCAGGUUAGGAGAGGGUAGAAUAGAGGAUCGGGAGCUGAGGCCAAGAGUCCCGAUGAUCAGAAGAGGGGAUGGUAGACAAGAUGUCUGGCUACAAGGCAGGGGAGCUUAGUGUAGAGUGGAGUUCCAUCCUCAGCCAGCAAGCUUUUGAGGCAGUGGCUUCUUAAAUACGCCCUGUGCACACCCAGAACUGCUCUUAGAAGGGAGGUCAGGUGUGAGCCGGAGAUGGCUUGGGAUCUGAGAGCAAGAACGAAGUGGCUAGGAAACGGUUAGGAAGGAGACAGUGCCUGAAAUCUCUUGCCUCCUUGUCCAUUUGGAAACUUCAUAUACCAAUUUAGAGAUAAGAAAUUUGCACUUCUCAAGUAGGUCAUUAUGAAAGGAAUACCCUAAGCAGCUUCUUAGUGAAAGGAACCUUAAAUGCUGAGUCUCUCUGGAUCGAAAGUUCUAGAAACCAACAUUUACUGUUAAAAUGGAAUAUUUAGAGAGAAGCAGCUUUAUGCUGCUUCCCCAAAUGCCCUUUAAUGGGAAAACAUUGGGGCUGAGAGAGGGUAGGCUUCAAAUUUUUCCCAAGGGGAACAUUUCAGAAUGGAGAGAAGUGGUACAGCAGCGUCUUUCAGAAAAUGACCUAAAUCAGCCUGGAGAUCCCACUCUCCUGAAUGGAGGGUUAUAGUGUUGAUAGAAACAUCCAGGCAUGUUUACUCUUGUACCAGAUAGUGUGACAUUAGAGUAAUUAAAAUCCAUUUCAUUACUCUUGUGCCACUUACCUCUUUUUUUAAAAUUUAUUAAAUUUUGCACUUUCAAAAGGAAUUUUUCAAACCAAGGUACAUAUAUUUUUUAUACUCUGCACCAUUACACUUCUAUAGCAGGAAUAGAGAUAUUUAUAGACAUAGAUACCAGACCUGAAGGAGCUCCAGUAAAAUUUGUUAUGUAAGACAUAACUUACAACCUAGAAGAACAGAUCAGAAGUUUUAAUGUCAUCCUUAAUGGUGUACUAAUGAAGGCUUUCUACGUGUAGAAAGUUGGCUGAGUAAUAGGCCAUUAGACCAUGAACGGAAAAUUGAAAUUUAUAUUUCCUCUUCAUCUUCCUUCUUUCCACUAAGCCUUGAUGUAUAAAAAAUUGUGUAGCAAUUGACUGCAGCCUACAACGGAUCAUUUGUGUAGAAAAAGGGAUGAUAAUGGUGGCUGGGCCCUAAAGCUCAUUGGAAGUAAUUUUCAAAGAAAGAUGCCCCUCUACCUUUGUAAAUCUGUUUUACUUUGUGAAAACAUAAAUGAUUUUCCUGUUUUGUAACAUUGCUGCAAAUUCUUUUUGCACCUGUGACAUAGAAAUUUUAACGUUCAAGGAAAUACUAUCGUCAAACUACAUGUACAAAUAUAGUUGGGUAGAGCAGACUUGUUGAAUAUCGUUUUAGUAGGGCAAGAAUUUUCUGAUUGGACAGGUGGGAAUGGUAUCCCUUACAUUUAGAUAAAAAUUAAGUGUAUAUUGUGAAGAUUAAUGAUGUUCACAAGUCUUCCAUACAGAAUAAAAUAAUUUUUAAUAUUAAUAA